AUGGCGAUCCACUGUAGCAGAACAUGCCUACAAUAUUUGAUACAUCUGGCCCACGACAAUGUUGACUUCAGACUACCGGUAUGCAUAGACAUUAUACCAAUGUCGUACCUCUCUGUCAAACUGUAAAUGUUGUGUUAUUUCUCUCCAUCUCUAAAGAUCUGGGUGUCUCAUUAUGUCAUUUCUCCCCAUUACAUUAGCUUGCUAGGCUAGUACUAGCUGCAAGCUGUCACGUUUGAAUUCUAUAGAAAUGUUCUGAUUUUAUUUAUUGUCCGUCGUAACAUUACAGGAGGUUAGGGCGCUGCUGUCCCUCAGGGGCAAACCGUUUGAUACAGGUGAAAACUUCAAAGAAAAGGUAAAAUAAGUUAGUGUCUAUUUUUAUUAUUAGCCUGAUAGCCAUACCAAUGAAGGCAGGAUUUGGCCAUUAUCAGGUGUCCAUGCAUAGGCUACUCAAAACCUAAAAUCUGUAAUUAUUUUCCCCAGUCUCCAUUCUGGCGCCUGAAUGGCUUGUCAGAGGAAGAUGUCAACAGCAUCAUGGCCAGAACUGUUUGUGCAAAGUAAGUGAGACAGAUCAACAGUGGAGUUGCAAUGAAAAGUGCUAGAGGGGUACUGCAGCACAGUAAAUUGUAAUGACCUUUUUGUGGUUAUUUGUUUAUCACCUAGGUCUGCAUUUGAACUGUGGGGUCAUGGCAGAACUCACAGUGAACUGAGGACCUCGCUCUUGAAAUACCCAACAGAGAACAUGGUUUGUGAAAAAUUACAUUACAUCUAAAUAGAGGGUAAACUAAUCAUGUGGAGUAACUAAUGUGUGUAACUUUACCCCUCCCAACAGUCACCCUUCCUACAGAAGGACUCAACAUACAAAAUCAAUGUCUACACUUUCAACAAGACUCUAGAGUUUGAAGAUAGAAUUAAGAAGAUAGAUGUGAGUAUGAUACACUUGACUUGGUCCCAGUAAUUUGUACUUAAGAUUGAACCCAGCAAAGUCGACUUACUCUACCUUUUGUACUGCACUAUUGUGUUAAAGGCAGGCACUGCUAUGCAGUAUGCACCAUGACACCUGGACAAGUUACCCUGUGGUCUUCCUCCCCAAGGCAAUGGAAUAUCUCUCCUUUGAGGGAAGGGUCAAUCUGAAGAACCCUAAACACAUCUUCUGUCUGUUGGAGGACUAUGGAACUGACCCUAACAACAUCCCAGACGAGCCUCUCUACAUCUACUUUGGGAGAUGGGUGAGUCAGUGUGUUGUGUGCUCCUUCGUUUCCAAGUCAUUAUACAAAUGAGUAAUUACUAUAACUCAUUAAUGUUAUUUUCCGCAGUGGUUGUUAACCUUCUUUGGUUCCCAAUCACAUUUUGAUCUGCCCGAAGUAUUCCCUCUUGUGAAACUUAUCAUGAGGCCUAUGUCCUUAAGUCUUCCCAAGUCCCCUGUGUAUAAGCCAGGUACUAGGUUGAGAAUGAUAAAGCUAGUCCUAUAUUUGAUCUUGUCUUAUCAACUGUAUGUUCCUUAGAUUGCAGAUGGCCAGCGUGAGUUGAUUCGCUCUCACAGUGUGAAAAACAGGCACUUCAUAGGUAACACCAGUAUGGAUGCUGGGUUGUCUUUUAUCAUGGCGAACCACGCCAGGGUCAAAGCUCACGACCUGGUCUACGACCCCUUCGUUGGGACUGGUAAGAGAAAAGUUGCUUUUGGUCUUUGAACUGACACUUGCAGAAAUACACUGCGUCUUAGCUGAACCCAAGGCUAGUCUUUGCUUAUUGGAUAUUUUCUCUCUCUCUCUCAGGUAGCCUCCUGGUUGCAUGCUCUCAUUUUGGUGCAUAUGUCUGUGGAACAGAUAUUGAUUACAACACCAUCCAUGGGAUAGGUAAGACUCUAGAAAUGGCCUUGUUUAUUUUAUCUUAUUUUGGAACCCAGUUAAAUAUCUUGUGCGUUGGCAAGUGAGUCAAUCCAUUUAUAUGAUGAACAUUAUGUUGAUUAUGCUCUUUCUAUCAAUCCAUUUAUAUGAUGAACAUUAUGUUGAUUAUGCUCUUUCUAUCAUAAUUUAAAAUACUGUUGUUUUUUUCUGUGCUCACUUUCAUGCUCAAAUCCAAUUGCAUUGUCCGGUAGGCCUAACACUUGAUACGUGACAUGAUUACAACUAGGACCGGGAUGAUACCAGUAUCUCAAUAUAUUUUUUCCAUGCCAAAAAAUAAAACACGAAGUAGAUCAAACUCUUUGGUCCUUUUACACCUGCUGUGUGUAAAAUAUUGUGUGCUAUAGCUUGGAAAAUAAAUACAUGUGACUCUGGAUGACAACAUAAUGUGUCGGUUUCCAACAUUUGGGCUGUUUUCCUAAUUAAGUUAAAUCCGCUUUGUGUUUUGUUUCCUUGCCACGAUACUAACGAGUAUCGCGAUACUGAUAUCGUCCCGGCCCUAAUUACAACCCAGUGCAUUGCUAUAUAAUAGUAUUUUGGUUUGUUUUUCAGGCAAAGCGAGUCGUAAGAACCAGAAGUGGAGGGGUCCAGAUGAGAACAUCAGAGCCAACCUGCGUCAGUAUGGCUCAGAGAAGCUGUAUGUGGACGUCCUGGUGUCUGACGCCUCCAAGCCUAUCUGGAGGGACGGAGUGCUCUUUGACGUCAUCAUCACUGACCGUACAUUCUUAUCCUAGAGCUCUGUGUUUGGUCCUCCAUCCAGUCAUUUCUCCUGGACAGUCAUGCACGCAUGUCCACAUUCUUUGGGAUUUGUUCAGAUUUAAAUCUGUUCAAAUCUCUUAUCUUUCAUUUUUGUGUGUGUUUGUUUAAUUCUCAGCGCCCUAUGGGAUUCGGGAGUCAACCAGGAGAACAGGCUCUCAGAAGGACAGUGUAAACAGCGCAAAGCCGUCUGAAGACUAGUACGUCUUCGUAUUCCUCUUGAGUCUCAGUGUUGUAUAUCAUGCGUAGUGCUUUGUAUAUUUUCUCAGUUUUGAAAAAUACCUCCUGUAAAACUUGCAAGCAAGCACUAGAUACACUAGAUAUAUAAAGUCCUCUCAGAUGAUGUUAAAUCAGUUUAUAAAGGCAUCUUCACAGCAGUAACAGACUCUUUUAUCUUUCAUCCAGCGUUGGAGACAGCCAUGUCCCCGUUUCCAUGGCCUACCACCUGAGUGACAUCUUCACUGACCUGUUAAACUUCUCAGCUCACCACCUGGUCAUCGGGGGGCGGCUAGUGUACUGGCUACCAAUCUACAGGCCAGAGUGAGUAUUGAUGUGUUUGUUUAUUUGUCAGGGACCGUUCACAACAACACCAGUAUUGCACCAGAGUUAUCUACAUACAGGUACAUGGUUAAUAUCCAUCUGUGGUCCCUGGAAACAGCACUUCUUGUUAAAGCUCUAUAGUCUGAAUUGGUCAUAUAUUCACAUCUGUUGGUGUUGAAUGUACUGUAUCGUCAUGGUGUUUACAUGGGUUUGAGCUCACAGAUGUAUUGUCAACACAGUCUCCCUCUUCUCUAUGUGUAAACCAAAUAGCACUGUCAUCAACUAUUGUGAUGUCGAAGACAUGUUUGUUAAGACCUUAUUGCACACAGGGUCAACCUCACUAGUCAGCUGUUUUUCCUGCUGAUAGACCCUGUUCUUUUUCCCCUUUCCCCUUUUAGACCACUAGAGGGCAACAGUGACACUGGUGAUUUAGCCUACACCCUGAUGAAGUGUUGAUACUGUACUAGAUCUGCUUAACGAAGCAUUCUAGUUUAGAUUAGGGCUUUUCUCCCUGUACUUCUUCCCCUCAUAAGCAUCAUAUUCUCCGUCAGGACCAGGUGUUUAUUCCCAUCAAUAAAUCCCAUUCUCUUUCCCAUAAAGUCUUCAGGCCUGGGGUUAGUGGUGUUCUGGUCAGUGUGCAGGUGUCCUGAGGUAUAUUGUGUAUAUUGUUCCAUACAGCUGGCUUACUGUGUGGACCACAGACAGGAUACAGGCCCCCUGGGACUCCAGGCCACUGAUUACAGGGCAGGGUCUGAGCAUCAGGAAGAUGAGACCAGACCACGCACCACAGCCCUGUGAUGUUUCUAUUACACACCUCCCGCUCACCUCCAGCAGUUCCCACUGACGGUCUGUGACACACACACUGGAGUUCCCCACACUGACUGGCUGAGACAGGGAAAGGGAGAGAGGGCUACAGCCCUUAGCGCUGGUGGUUAAGAGAGAGGGAGAGAGAGAGUGUGUGUGUUUGUGUCUGUGUGCAACUGUGUGCCUCUGUCUGACUGACUGUGUGCCUGUGCUCUGCUCUGCUCCUCACUCCGGGUGUAUAACUACCUAGCAGUUCCUGACCCUGUCUCAUUCAGGGCAGAGUGCCAAAAUAAACCCAUGAGGCCAGACAUGCUGAUUGGCUGACACCGACCAAACACAGCCUGUCUCCAGGUCCUGAUCAGGAGGCUGUCUGGUGGCUAUUGGGUUUCUGUCACCCGGCUAUGGUGACGGGAGGGAGAGAGGGAGAAAGGCCGUGUGCACCCAGGCCGGGUUGGGCUGGGGUCCUGACAGUGUCAGUCAGGAGUCAUGACCUCCAGAAUGUAAGGACUGGGUCAGAACAAAAAUACCUCUGUGUUGGGCCUGAACUCUGACCCUUCCACUCAUCUCCACAUUCACUGAGCAAAGAAUGGGUGUCUUAGAGAAAGAAAAUAGAUGGAGAGAAAAGGGAAAGUAUGCAGUCUGCCACACUACCACUUUGUAACUAGAGAGGUUAUGAACAAGAUAAUUAGGGGAUGCUAAUAAGACAAGGCAUGUGGGUUAUUGGUAGAGGUGGGAAUUCGGCUGAGAGAAUGUUGUUGCACAAAUUUGGUUAGUAACACUGUUGAAACAUUAACAGUAGAUGUCUAAGCUGAUUAGAUUUAGGUGGCCUAAGUCUGUCCUGAGAUAUACACGCCUCACAGGUCCUCAAAUGGCAGCUUCAUUAAAUAGUACCCACAAAACACCAGUCUCAACGUCUACAGUGAAGAGGCGACUCCGGGAUGCUGACCUAGGCAGAGUUGCAAAGAAAAAGCCAUAUCUCAAACUGGGCAAUAAAAAGAAAAGAUUAAGAUGGGCAAAAGAACACAGACACUGGACUUUUUCUUUGCAACUCUGCCUAGGUCAGCAUCCCGGAGGCGCCUCUUCACUGUUGGCGUUGAGACUGGUGUUUUGCGUGUACUAUUUAAUGAAGCUGCCAGUUGAGGACCUGUGAGGCGUCUGUUUCUCAAACUAGACACUCUAAUGUAUUUGUCCUCUUGCUCAGUUGUGCACCGGGGCCUCCCACUCCUCUUUCUAUUCUGUUUAGAGCCAGUUUGCGCUGUUCUGUGCAGGGAGUAGUACACAGCGUUGUACAAGAUCUUCAGUUUCUUGGCAAUUUCUCGCAUGGAAUAGCCUUCAUUUCUCAGAACAAGAAUAGACUGAUGAGUUUCAGAAGAAAGUUAUUUGUUUCUGUCCAUUUUGAGCCUGUAAUUGAACCCACAAUUGCUGAUGCUCCAGAUACUCAACUAGUCUCAAGAAGGCCAGUUUUUUUAUUGCUUCUUUAAUCAGCACAACAGUUUUCAGCUGUGCUAACAUAAUUGCAAAAGGGUUUUCUAAUGAUCAAUUAGCCUUUUAAAAUGAUAAACUUGGAUUAGCAAACACAACGUGCCAUUGGAACACAGGACUGAUGGUUGCUGAUAAUGGGCCUCUGUACGCCUAUGUAGAUAUUCCAUUAAAAAUCAGCCAUUUCCAGCUACAAUUGCCAUUUACAACAUUAACAAUGUCUACACUGUAUUUCUGAUCAAUUUGAUGUUAUUUUAAUGGGAAAAAAUGGCUUUUCUUUUCGAAAACAAAGACAUUUCUAAGUGACCCCAAACUUUUCAACGGUAGUAUGUGUAUAUGUAUAUAUAUAUAUGUAUAUAUAUCUAUCUCAGCAAAAAAAGAAACAUAAUCUCACUGUCAACUGCGUUUAUUUUCAGCAAACUUAACAUGUAAAUAUUUGUAUGAACAUAACAAGAUUCAACAACUGAGACAUAAACUGAACAAGUUCCACAGACAUGUGACUAACAGAUUUGAAUAAUGUGUCCCUGAACAAAGGUGGGGUCAAAAUCAAAAGUAACAGUCAGUAUCUGGUGUGGCCACCAGCUGCAUUAAGUACUGCAGUGCAUCUCCUCCUCAUGGACUGCACCAGAUUUGCCAGUUCUUGAUGUGAGAUGUUACCCCACUCUUCCACCAAGGCACCUGCAAGUUCCCGGACAUUUCUGGGGGGAAUGGCCCUAGCCCUCACCCUCCGAUCCAACAGGUCCCAGACGUGCUCAAUGAGAUUGAGAUCCGGGCUCUUCGCUGGCCAUGGCAGAACACUGACAUUCCUGUCUUGCAGGAAAUCAUGCACAGAACGAGCAGUAUGGCUGGUGGCAUUGUCAUGCUGGAGGAUGAGCCUGCAGGAAGGGUUCCACAUGAGGGAGGAGGAUGUAUUUCCUGUAAUGCACAGCUUUGAGAUUGCCUGCAAUGACAACAAGCUCAGUCCGAUGAUGCUGUGACACACCGCCCCAGACCAUGACGGACCGUCCACCUCCAAAUAGAUCCCGCUCCAGAGUACAGGCCUCGGUGUAACGCUCAUUCCUUCGACCAUAAACGCGAAUCCGACCAUCACACCUGGUGAGACAAAACCGCGACUCGUCAGUGAAGAGCACUUUUUGCCAGUCCUGUCUGGUCCAGCGACGGUGGGUUUGUGCCCAUAGGCGACGUUGUUGCCGGUGAUGUCUGGUGAGGACCUGCCUUACAACAGGCCUACAAGCCCUCAGUCCAGCCUCUCUCAGCCAAUUGCGGACAGUUUGAGCACUGAUGGAGGGAUUGUGCAUUCCUGGUGUAACUCUGGCAGUUGUUGCAAUCCUGUACUUGUCCCACAGGUGUGAUGUUCAGAUGUACCGAUCCUGUGCAGGUGUUGUUACACGUGGUCUGCCACUGCGAGGACGAUCAGCUGUCCGUCCUGUCUCCCUGUUGCGCUGUCUUAGGUGUCUCACAGUACGGACAUUGCAAAUGAUUGCCCUGGCCACAUAUGCAGUCCUCAUGCCUCCUUGCAGCAUGCCUAAGGCACGUUCACGCAAAUGAGCAGGGACCCUGGGCAUCUUUCUUUUGGUGUUUUUCUGAGUCAUUAGAAUUGCCUCUUUAGUGUCCUAAGUUUUCAUAACUGUGACCUUAAUUGCCUACCGUCUGUAAACUGUUAGUGUCUUAACGACCAUUCCACAGGUGCAUGUUCAUUAAUUGUUUAUGGUUCAUUGAACAAGCAUGGGAAACAGUGUUUUAAAGUUAUUUAGAUUUACACAAAUUAUCUUUGAAAGACACGGUCCUGAAAAAGGGACGUUUCUUUUUUUUGCUGAGUGAGGGAAAAAAGUAUUUUAUCCCCUGCUGAUUUUGUACGUUUGCCCACUGACAAAGACAUGAUCAGUCUAUAAUUCUAAUGGUAGGUUUAUUUGAACAGUGAGAGACAGAAUAACAACAAAAAAAUCCUGAAAAACGCAUGUCAGAAAUGUUAUAAAUUGAUUUGCAUUUUAAUGAGGGAAAUAAGUAUUUGACCCCUCUGCAAAACAUGACUUUGGACUUGGUGGCAAAACCCUUGUUGAAAAUCACAGAGGUCAGACGUUUCUUGUAGUUGGCCACCAGGUUUGCACACAUCUCAGGAGGGAUUUUGUUCCACUCCUCUUUGCAGAUCUUCUCCAAGUCAUUAAGGUUUCGAGGCUGAGGUUUGGCAACUCGAACCUUCAGCUCCCUCCACAGAUUUUCUAUGGGAUUAAGGUCUGGAGACUGGCUAGGCCACUCCAGGACCUUAAUGUGCUUCUUCUUGAGCCACUCCUUUGUUGCCUUGGCCAUGUGUUUUGGGUCAUUGUCAUGCUGGAAUACCCAUCCACGACCCAUUUUCAAUGCCCUAGCUGUGGGAAGGAGGUUCUCACCCAAGAUUUGACGAUACAUUGCCCCGUCCAUCGUCCCUUUGAUGCGGGGAAGUUGUCCUGUCCCCUUAGCAGAAAAACACCCCCAAAGCAUAAUGUUUCCACCUCCAUGUUUGACGGUGGGGAUGGUGUUCUUGGGGUCAUAGGCAGCAUUCCUCCUCCUCCAAACACGGCGAGUUGAGUUGAUGCCAAAUAGCUCGAUUUUGGUCUCAUCUGACCACAACACUUUCAUUCAGAUGUUCAUUGGCAAACUUCAGACGGGCAUGUUUAUGUGCUUUCUUGAGCAGGGGGACCUUGCGGGCGCUGCAGGAUUUCAGUCCUUCACGGCGUAGUGUGUUACCAAUUGUUUUCUUGGUGACUAUGGUCCCAGCUGCCUUGAGAUCAUUGACAAAAUCCUCCCGUGUAGUUCUGGGCUGAUUCCUCACCGUUCUCAUGAUCAUUGCAACUCCACGAGGUGAGAUCUUGCAUGGAGCCCCAGGCCGAGGGAGAUUGACAGUUAUUUUGUGUUUCUUCCAUUUGCGAAUAAUCGCACCAACUGUUGUCACCUUCUCACCAAGCUGCUUGGCGAUGGUCUUGUAGCCCAUUCCAGCCUUGUGUAGGUCUACAAUCUUGUUCCUGACAUCCUUGUAGAGCUGUUUGGUCUUGGCCAUGGUGGAGAGUUUGGAAUCUGAUUGAUUGAUUGCUUCUGUGGCCAGGUGUCUUUUAUACAGGUAACAAGCUGAGAUUAGGAGCACUCCCUUGGAGCCAGAAAUCUUUCUGAUUUAGAGAGGGUCAAAUACUUAUUUCCCUCACUGUAUAUAUACUACCAGUCAAAAGUUUGGACACACCUACUUAUUCAAUGGUUAUUCUUAAUUGUUUCUAUUUUUUACAUUGUAGAAUAAUAGUGAAAACUAUGAAAUAACACAUAUGGAAUCAUGUAGUAACCAGAGAUUCUUCAAAUAGCCACCCUUUGCCUUGAUGACAGCUGUGCACACUCUUGGCAUUCUCUCAACCAGCUUCAUGAGGUAGUCACCUGGAAAGCAUUUCAAUUAACAGGUGUUCUUAUUUCUUUCCUUCUUAAUGUGUUUGAGCCAAUCAGUUGUGUUGUGACAAGGUAAGGGGGGUAUACAGAAGAUAGCCCUAUUUGGUAAAAGACCAAGUCCAUAUUAUGGCAAGAACAGCUCAAAUAAGCAAAGAGAAACGACAGUCCAUCAUUACUUUAAGACAUGAAGGUCAGUCAAUACGGAACAUUUCAAGAACUUUUAAAGUUUCUUCAAGUGCAGUCACAAAAACCAUCAAGCGCUAUGAUGAAACUGGCUCUCAUGAGGACCGCCACAGGAAUGGAAGACCCAGAGUUAUCUCUGCUGCAGAAGAUAAGUUCAUUAGAGUUACCAGCCUCAGAAAUUGCAGCCCAAAUAAAUGGUUCACAGGGUUCAAGUAACAGACACAUCUCAACAUCAACUGUUCAGAGGAUACAGUGUGAAUCAGGCCUUCAUGGUCAAGUUGCUGCAAAGAAACCACUACUAAAGGACACCAAUAAGAAGAAAAUACUUGCUUGGGCCAAGAAACACGAGCAAUGGACAUUAGACAGGUGGAAAUUUGUCCUUUGGUCUGGAGUCCAAAUUUGAGAAUUUUGGUUCCAACCGCCAUGUCUUUGUGAGACAUGGAGUGUGUGAACGGAUUAUCUCCGCAUAUGUAUUUCCCACCAUAAAGCAUGGAGGAGGUGGUGUUAUGGUGUGGGGGUGCUUUGCUGGUGACACUGUCUGUGAUUUUAUUUAGAAUUCAAGGCACACUUAACCAGCAUGGCUACCACAGCAUUCUGCAGCGAUACGCCAUCCCAUCUGGUUUGGGCUUAGUGGGACUAUCAUUUGUUUUUCAACAGGACAAUGACCCAACACACCUCCAGGGUGUAUAAGGUCUAUUUUACCAAGAAGGAAAGUGAUGGAGUGCUGCAUCAGAUUACCUGGCCUCCACAAUCCCCCGACCUCAACCCAAUUGAGAUGGUUUGGGAUGAGUCGGACCGCAGAGUGAAGGAAAAGCAGCCAAUAAGUGCUCAGCAUAUGUGGGAACUCCUUCAAGACUGUUGGAAAAGCAUUCAAGGUGAAGCUGGUUGAGAGAAUGCCAAGAGUGUGCAAACCUGUCAUCAAGGCAAAGGGUGGCUAUUUGAAGAAUCUCAAAUAAAAAAUAUAUUUUGAUUUGUUUAACACUUUUUUUGGUUACUACAUGAUUCCAUAUGCGUUAUCUGGACCCUUUCUUUCUAAAACUAGCCGCCGAAAUUGUCGCAACCCCUAUUACUAGUCUGUUCAACCUCUCUUUCAUAACAUCUGAGAUCCCCAGAGAUUGGAAAGCUGCCGCGGUCAUCCCCCUCUUCAAAGGGGGUGACACUCUAGAUCCAAACUGCUACAGACCUAUAUCCAUCCUGCCCUGCCUUUCGAAAGUAUUUGAAAGCCAAGUUAACAAACAGAUCACCGACCAUUUCGAAUACCACCGUACCUUCUCCGCUAUGCAAUCCGGUUUCCGAGCUGGUCAUGGGUGCACUUCAGCCACACUCAAGGUCCUAAACGAUAUUAUAACCGCGAUUGAUAAUAGACAGUACUGUGCAGCCGUCUUCAUCGACCUGGCCAAGGCUUUCGACUCUGUCAACCACCGCAUUCUUAUUGGCAGACUAAAUAGCCUUGGUUUCUCAAAUGACUGCCUCGCCUGGUUCACCAACUACUUCUCAGAUAGAGUUCAGUGUGUCAAAUCGGAGGGCCUGUUGUCUGGACCUAUGGCAGUCUCUAUGGGGGUGCCACAGGGUUCAGUUAUUGGGCCGACACUUUUCUCCGUUUAUAUCAAUGAUGUCGCUCUUGCUGCUGGUGACUCUCAGAUCCACCUCUACGCAGACGACACCAUUUUGUAUACAUCUGGCCCUUCAUUGGACACUGUGUUAACAAACCUCCAAACGAGCUUCAAUGCCAUACAACACUCCUUCAGUAGCCUCCAACUGCUCUUAAACACUAGUAAAACUAAAUGCAUGCUUUUCAAUCGAACGCUGCUGGCACCCGCCCACCCGACUAGAAUCACCACUCUCGACGGGUCUGACCUAGAGUAUGUGGACAACUACAAAUACCUAGGUGUCUGGUUAGACUGUAAACUCUCCUUCCAGACUCACAUUAAGAAUCUCCAAUCCAAAGUUAAAUCUAGAAUCGGCUUCCUAUUUCGCAACAAAGCCUCCUUCACUCAUGCUGCCAAACAUGCCCUCGUAAAACGGACUAUCCUACCGAUCCUUGACUUCGGCGAUGUCAUUUACAAAAUAGCCUCCAACACUCUACUCAGCAAACUGGAUGUAGUCUAUCACAGUGCCAUCCGUUUUGUCUCCAAAGCCCCAUACACUACCCACCACUGUGACCUGUACGCUCUUGUUGGCUGGUCCUCACUACAUGUUCGUCGUCAAACCCACUGGCUCCAGGCCAUCUAUAAAUCACUGCUAGGCAAAUCCCCGCCUUAUCUUAGCUCAUUGGUCACCAUAGCAGCACCCACCCGUAGUCUGCGCUCCAGCAGGUAUAUCUCACUGGUCAUUCCCAAAGCCAACACCUCCUUUGGCCGCCAUUCCUUCCAGUUCUCUGCUGCCAAUGACUGGAACGAAUUGCAAAAAUCUCUGAAGCUGGAGACUCUUAUCUCCCUCACUAACUUUAAGCAUCAGUUGUCAGAGCACCUUACCGAUCACUGCACCUGUACACAGCCCAUCUGAAAUUAGCCCACCCAACUACCUCAUCCCUAUAUUGUUAUUUAUUUUGCUCUUUUGCACCCCAGUAUCUCUAUUUGCACAUAAUCUCUUGCACAUCUAGCAUUCCAGUGUUAAUACUAUUGUAAUUAUUUUGCACUAUAGCCUAUUUAUUGCUUUACCUCCAUAACUUGCUACAUUUGCACCACUGUAUAUAUAUUUUCUGUUGUAUUUUUGACUUUAUGUUUUUUUACCCCAUAUGUAACUCUGUGUUGUUUUUAUCGCACUGCUUUGCUUUAUCUUGGCCAGGUCGCAGUUGUAAAUGAGAACUUGUUCUCAACUGGCUUACCUGGUUAAAUAAAGGUGAAAUAAAUAAAAUAAAAAAAUAAAAUAAAAAAUUUGAUAGUUUUCUACUUCACUAUUAUUCUACAAUGUAAAAAAAUAAAGAAAAACCCUUGAAUUAGUAGGUGUGUCCAAACUUUUGACUGGUAGUGUGUAUGUAUGUGUGUGUGUGUGUAUAUAUAUACACUGUUACUGCGGUGGACCUGUGAGAUAGAACAGGGUGACUAAAUGGUCCAAGGGGACAGGACUGUGUAGCAACAUGCUUGUUUGUAAACACUGGUGUCACAAAGGGGGGUUGCAGUGCAGCUGCUGUAGGAAAAAACGAUUUGUUGUGCUGUUUUGGGCUGGGGUCGGAACAGACGUUGGCCGAUACCGGGUCCCCUAACACUGGUCACAGGCCUGGGCGAUGAGGUCCCCCAAGCCAAUUAAAACAUUUCCGCCGUCGUCAUGACGAGCACCACCUUGCACCAUGCCUCAGCUGCCUUUCAGUGUUUCAAUUAACUAUGUGGCUUCUCAAGCUCAUUAGUCUCUCUCUCUCUCUGUCUUUCUUUCUUCCUCCCGCCCGUGAUGCUGUGUUUAUUUUUGAACUAGUGUGUGGUCGGUUGUUUAUGUUUGAACUAGUGUGUGGUCGGUUGUUUAUGUUUGAACUAGUGUGUGGUCGGUUGUUUAUGUUUGAACUAGUGUGUGGUCGGUUGUUUAUGUUUGAACUAGUGUGUGGUCGGUUGUUUAUGUUUGAACUAGUGUGUGGUCGGUUGUUUAUGUUUGAACUAGUGUGUGGUCGGUUGUUUAUGUUUGAACUAGUGUGUGGUCGGUUGCCAUUUCCUCUCUGCUGCAGUGCCUUGGCAGGAAACAGACCCAUUAUCUCUGAGGCUAAAGCAUAGAGAUAGAUAGAGGACUCAUCUUUAUAUCUGUGCUAUUAUAGCAUCUGUGACAGAAUGGGCAGCACCAUUGAGGCUACAACCCAUAGGAAUCCCCACCGAGUUGACUACUUUAAAAUGGAGGAAGCAUGGUGGAAGCCCUCAAUGGCGCUGCCCAUGCUAAAACGGCCUUUUGGUUUCUAUCAUUUCUAUGGCCUAAAGUCAUCAGCCAGACAGCACUAAUGAAGCAGAGUGCAAAGCUAACCGGAAGCUGAUGUGGUUUGAACCCCCAUGGUGGGUUUAAGGGAUCAUCGACUUCCUUUAGUCUACAACACUCAUGCUGCUGCCUGACUGAGAGACAGGUCCUUGUGCUUAAUGCUGGUGUUUAUCUGACCUACAGUAUACCAUCAGGACUCUACAGUGCGACCAUUUUACUCGCAUAUGCGCCUAAAUAUUUUGCUGUGCGACCUGUAUUUUUUUAUUAGGAGCCCCAGAGCACCUAGAAAAACGUCACCCAGAUGAUAAUUGUAGCAAUCAUUACUUCACUGUGCGGCAGCCCCUGAGUGCCAUGGAGAAGACACUGAGCGCAGAAUCAUGACCGUCAUGCUUGCACCAUUACUACAAAGAAAACGACUUGUUACGUCAAAUAUAUUUCAUUGUGCUCCUAAAUUUCUUUGUGUGCUCCUACAUUUUUCAACUUAGGCGCACAUGUGCUCCUUGUAAUUAAAGGUCAGCGUUGAGCCCUGACCAGGAAAUAAAGGUGGAAGACAUGGGCUGGUCUACUGCGCCUCAGCCUUUUGGGCUUAAAUGACCUUACCCCCAGUCUGCCUGCGUAUCACAUGAGAUUGGUGGCACCUUAAUUGGGGAGGACGGGCUUGUGGUAAUGGCUGGAGCAGAAUUAUUUGAAUCGUAUCAAAUACAUCAAACACAUGGUUUCCAUGUAUUUGAUGCCAUUCCAUUUGCUCCGUUCCGGGCAUUAUUAUGAGCCGUCCAACCCUCAGCAGCCUCCUGUGUUGCUUAUGUAACAUCUGCACAGAGGUUUCAACUCUAUAUUUGUCUGAGAGGAUGGAAAAAGCUGUAUUGAAAGUGAAAGGCCCAGCCCCACCCGUCUUCAAAUGAAACGGCCAAUGUGGCAGGUCCAGCUACUCAGUAAUAAGAGGUGAUUGGCAGGUAGAAUUAACGCCGACUUUGGUCAUGGUGCUGACCGAAGUGCACGCACACACACACACCACAACACAUUAGAGGCUUGUAUUUCACAGUGGCCAUGGCAACCCAGGAGACGAACAGUAGGGUGAAAAUCUGGCCCAACGUCAGUGUGGUGCUUGUAGGAGAAAGUGCUACAUAUGCAAACAAACACUCUCGUAAUCUACCUGUACUCAUAAUAACGGCUACACUGCAGUCAUCCAUUUAGUUGCUUACUGUUAGAAUUGCAGGUCCUGAUCGUAAUCUCUCAGAACCAGCUAUUCUGUAAACACUGGCGAGAAUCUCACAACAUUAGGAACCACCCGUGUCCUUGGUUCUCCUGUUUGACGUCAAUACUAUUCAUAAUAAUAAUGUGAUUAAUACAUGCUACUGAACGCAAGUGCCUGGAGAAUACAGGCCUGUAGUGUGUGUGUGUGUGUCAGCUCUGUGACCAAAGCGAGGCCUAGUGGACUUUUUAGAGAUCCAUCACUCCACUCCAUCCAAUAAAUUGAACAGAGUCAUCAUUAUCAUCAGAUGGGCUUCACUUACGUCCUUCCCUCUGUCUAGUGCAUAUAAAUGAACUAAACCAAACAUUUGCUGUGUUACAUUCUACCGCCCAUGAAGUGUUAACUAAGGUAUAGUGUAAUGUGUUACAUUCUACCGCCCAUGAAGUGUUAACUAAGGUAUAGUGUAAUGUGCUACAGUCUACCGCCCAUGAAGUGUUAACUAAGGUAUAGUGUAAUGUGUUACAUUCUACUGCCCAUAAUGGGUUAACUAAGGUAUAGUGUAAUGUGCUACAGUCUACCACCCAUAAAGGGUUAACUAAGGUAUAGUGUAAUGUGUUACAGUCUACCACCCAUAAACGGUUAACUAAGAUAUAGUGUAAUGUGUUACAGUCUACCACCCAUAAAGGGUUAGCUAAGGUAUAGUGCAUGGCCUUUGUACUUAUUCAUAAAAUUAAUAAAGUCCCCUUGAUAUGGAGUUUCCUCCGGUUCUCAUACAUUUGUUUUGCAUUUCCAUUUCCAUUCCCUGCACCACACUCACACCCAGCAGCAUCCACUAGUCACAAACAAAAUAAGAAUACACUUCAAUAAAACUUUGCUCUACUGACUAACAUCAGUAACCUAACCAGACUAUCAUAUCAUAUGGAGCAGUACGUCCUUACUCUACUGAGGCUUUGCUUACAGUUGCUUUCUCUGAGCAGGCCCUGAUAUCCUAAUGCCAAGGGCACAUCUUAUCUUUAACUUGAACCAAAACACCAGAUGUGCUCUGGAGGGAGAUGCUACAAGCUAUUUAGGUCAGAGGCAUUGUGCUGUUUUAUUUGUUUGUUUUUUAAGCUACUUUUGCUGCUUGCUUGAGUGAUUUGAAAUGUCAGGGAGUUCCAUGCUAUCAUGGCUACAGUACAGUUUAUUACUGUGCGUUGCCUUGAAUUCAUUUUGGCUUAAGGGACUAUGAAGAGACCUUUAGUUGUAUGCCUUGUGGAAUAUGAAUGUCUGUCAGAGCUGUAUGUUAGUUGAUUGAAUAGACAGUUUGUCUGGAUCACUUCUAAUUUUUUUCCCAAUCUCCCCAGCAAACGGGGCAUCCUAAGGAUGUCCAGGGGACCAUGACACAACCUCCAGACAUUCCCGAGAAUGUCCUAAGGACUCAUUGUAGUUUGCAGGGUCUCCUCUACAUUGAGCCAGGAAAAGUCAACAUACAUUUUGUUGACAUUAGCUCUCUUGGAACAUUGCAGGGCAGCUGUAGCUAUACAAUGUCUUUUAUCUUUAGCACCUGACCACAUUACCGGGCAGUAGUCAAGAUAGGAUAAAACUAGAGCCUGUAGGACUUGUUUGGUCAGUUGUGGUGUUAAGAAUGCUGAGCAUCUCCUUAUCACAGACAGGCCUCUCCCCAUCUUGACAACAAUUGAAUCAAUAUGCCUUGACCAUGACAAUGUCUAUCUGGCCUACAGUAUACCAUGCAAUAAAGGUAGGUGGGCUAAUCUACUGCACCUCAGUUUAUAGGGCUUAAAUGGCGUCUAACCUGACCCCCAAUCUGCCUGCCUAUGUAACAUCUGCACAGAGGUUUCAACUCUAUAUUUGUCUGAUAAAGAAGAUGGGAAAAGCUGUAUUGAACGUGAAAGGCCCAGCCCCACCCCUACCCGUCUUUAAAUGAAACGGCCCAUGUGGCAGGUCCAGCUACCCAGUAAUCAGAAGUGAUUGGGGCUAGAAUGAACGCCUCGCUUUGAUCACAGUGCACACACACACACACACACACACACACACUAGGCACUUGCGUUCAGUAGCAUGUAUUAAUCACAUUAUUAUUAUGAAUAGUAUUGACGUCAAACGGGAGAACCAAGGACACGGAUGGUUUCUAAUGUUGUGAGAUUCUCGCUAGUGUUUACAGAACAACUGGUUCUGAGAGAUUACGAUCAGGACCUGCAGUUGUAACAGUAAGCAACCGUAACAAAAUGGAUGACUGCAGUGUAGCCAUAUGAGUACAUGUUGUAUGGAUUGCUAAGGCAUAAGAAUAUGAAAGUGUGUAUUCUUAAUUGAUGUAGUUCUGUACCUGUCGAUUAAUGUUAUGUAUUAUGUCAUUUGAUGUCGUUCUGUCCUUCAGCUGUAACGGUCUAUUAACGUCAUGUGUUGUGUCUAUUAAUGUCAUGUGACCCCAGGAAGAGUAGCUACAGCCUUGGUUCUAGCUAAUGGGGAUCCUAAUAAAUACAGUACCUUGCCCUGGACAGCUUUAGCUGAGGUGCUUGGCCGACAUGUGCACGCGCGCACACACACACACACACACACAGAGCUCUCCUGACAAGACUACAUUUUUCCCGAUAUCUUUAAUCUAGUUCACCUUUUUCACAGUGGCUUUUAUCCACUUCAGUCAGAUCAUGACAUGGUCAGUAAAGGCCUGGAGCUGAGAGAGAGCACGCUUAGAGUUGGGAGCGGGAAAGAGGAUUGAGUGAGUGAGAGGGAAGGAAGAGAGCGCUGAUCUGGGUUGUUUAACAGAGAGAGAGCUGACCUGGCCUGGAUGUAGUGUAGUUUUGAGGGGAUUACAUGGAGGCUAAGCCUGGUCUACUCUGCAGGUGAGUGUAUGAUGAGAUGCAGAUAUUGUGGUUUGGAGGAUGAUUUGGACCCAUCAACCCUUUAGACUUAUUGGUUCAUGCUGUACAGUACAAGACUAGCUGUUUGAAAAUGUCCUCAACCAUGAUGAUUCACCAGUAGUGUGUUUGUGUGUCGUGACUCGUGUAUGUGUGUGUUUGUAGGUACUGUGAAGAGAUGGUGCCCCUAAACCCCUGUCUCAGACUGGUCAGUAACUGUGAACAGACCCUUUCCAGCCACACCUCCAGACGUCUCAUCACCAUGGAGAAGAUCAAGGAACCAGAGGUGGGUGUCUGUCUGUCCUUCCAUCCUGUGUGUGUGUGUAUGCUUUUCCUUUUGUACUUGUCUACCCUGUGUGUGUGCAUCUGGUCUGUGUGUGUGAAUCUGGUCUGUGUGUGUGCAUCUGGUCUGUGUGUGUGCAUCUGGUCUGUGUGUCUGUGCUGUUAUGAGCAUGUGUAUGCAUUUGAGUGGAAUGUCACCAAUUUUGAAAAGGUAGAUGGAUCCCUUUGUGAAUAUGAUUGCAACACCAUAUAAUUGUUGCUCUGGUGUGCUUACUAUUAAUUACAUACAUGUAUGUACAGAGUAAAGUACCCGUGUGUGCCACUGAAUAUGUUUGUGCCGUGUUUGUAUGUACGAGCAUGCACAUAUGUGUACUAUGAGUGUUGUCUGUGUGUGUUCUUUAAACGUACACACGCGCAAUAUGACACAGUUACAGUUAAAGGGGAUGUCGAUGGUGCUUCCCUCGAGGUCUGCAGUAAACCUCAGCAUCUGGCUAUGAUUGGCUUGUUUUAUAUACUGCACUUAAAUGACUUAAUCACACAUUUUAUGGAAAAUAACCCAUCUUUGGAUUUGACAACCUCUUCACUUCCAAACCCCAAAUUGUUCCCAUAAAGGCAAGCCCUGCGCCAAUCACUGCGUGUACACCCACACACACACACACACACACACUGGCAUCUGUCUCUGACUCCCAGUGCCCCAAACCUGGAACAUAUAUCUCAUAGCAUGCUACUAUAUAUAGAUAAACAGUUCCUUCAGAAAGUAUUCAUACCACUUGACUUAUUACAGCCUGAAUUCAAAAUGGAUUAAAUAGAUUUUUCUUCUCAACCAUCUACAUAAAUAUCUAAUUUACAUAAGUAUUCACACCUGUUUGCAAUGACACUCCAAAUUGAGCUCAGGUGCAUCCAAUUUCCUUUGAUCAUCCUUGAAAUGUCACUACAACCUGUGGCCAAUUAAAUUGUUUGGACAUGAUUUAGAAAGAAACACACCUGUUUAUAUAAGGUCCCACAGUUGACGGUGCAUGUUAGAGCAGAAACUAUACCAUAUAGUCCAAGGAACUGUCCGUAGAUCUCCGAGAUGAGGCAUAUACCUGGGGAAGGGUAUAAAACUAUUUCUAGAGUGUUGAAUUUUCCAAGAGCACAGUGGUCUCCAUCAUUGGGAAAUUGAAAAAAUAUGGAACUACCCAGACUCUGCCUAGAGCUGGCUGUCCGACCAAACUGAGCAACCGGGCAAGAAGGACCUUGGUCAGGGAGGUGACCAAGAACCCAAUGACCACUCUGACCGAACUACAGAGUUCCUUGGCGAAGAUGGGAGAACAUGCCAAAAGGACAACAGUCUCUACAGCACUUUAACAAUCUGGUCUUUAUGGGAGAGUGGCCAGAUGGAAGCCACUCCUGAGAAAAUGGCACAUGACUGCACGCCUGGAGUUUGCAAAAAGGCACGUGAAAUACUGAGAGCAUAAGGCAAAAGAUUUUAGUGGUCUGAUGAGACAAGAAUUGAACUCUUUGGCCUGAAUGCAAAGCGCUAUGUCUGGAGAAAACCAGGCACAGCUCAUCGCCCGUCUAACACCAUCCCCUACCAUGCUAUGGGGAUGCUUUUCAGCGGCAGGGACUGUGAGACAGGUAAGGAUAGAGGGAACAAUGAAUGGUGCCAAAUACAGGCAAAUCCUUGAUGAAAACGUGCAAAUGUGCAAACGACCUUAAACUGGGGCGAAGAUGUACGUUCCAACAGGACAGUGACCCCAAGCAUACAGCUAAAGCAAUGCUUCAGAACAAGUCCUUGAGUGGCCCAGCCAAAUCCCAGACUUGAAUCCCAUUGAAAAUCUGUGGAAAGACACAUCUAACUUAACAGAGCUUGAGAAAAUCUUCAACAAGAAAAUCCCCAAAUCCAAAUGUGUAAAGCUGAUGCAGACAUACCCAAGACGACUCAAAGCUGCAAUCGCCGCCAAAGGUGCUUCUACAAAGUAUUGACUCAGGGGUGUGAAUGCUUAUGUAAAUGAGAUAUUUCUGUAUUUCAUUUUCAAUAAAUUAGCAACAUUUUCUAAAAACAUGUUUUCACUUUGUCAUUAUGGGGUAUUGUGUGUAUGAUGGGUCAGAAAAAUAAAUCCGGCUGUAACACAACAAAAUGUGGAAUAAGUCAAGGGGUAUGAAUACUUUCUGAAGGUGCUGUAUACAGUGGGGUCUGAAAUUAUUAACACCCUUGAUAAAGAUGAGCAAUAAUGACUGUAUAAAAUAAAUUAUUCAAAUACUGAGCUAUAUUGUAUGCAAAAAAAUUAAAUAAAGGAAAUUAUAUUAUUUUAUACUAGUGCAUGCAAUUGCUGAGAGAAAUAGAUUUUGUUUAACAAGUUAGAGGAUCAAAGAUCAUACCCCAAAUACAUGCUAACCUCCCAUUAUAUUAGUAAUGGUGAGAGGUUAGCAUGUCUUGGGGGUAUGGUCUUUGACCCUCUAACUUUCUCACUCAUCAUUAUUCACAAUUCAUUCAGGAUUAUCCGUAAUCAUGGUAGCAUCCACAUUGUUGUAGAAGUGUUUAGAAACAUAUUCUAUUCUUAUUUACAAUAAGUGACUCUAAAAAGACACAAUAUAUUAUUUACUAUUCAUUUCUAUUGUGCACAAAAUAAUCUGAAAAAACCAAAACUAACUGCAAAUGCAUCUAACAAGUUUGUAGAGUAUUUGAAUUAUUUAUUUUAUACAGUCAUUAUUUUUUAUCAAGGGUGUCAAUUUCGGACCCCACUGUUUUAUCACAUUUCCAUAGUCUCCUCCUGGCAGGCUGUAUCCAGCAGUGCUGCUCAACCCAGUCUUUUCAAAGGCUUCUGCUUCAGAGGCUGAAGUGGUAAGAAUCAAAUCAAGAUCUCCCCGUCCUCCAUAUGUUGUGAUUUGAUCUUGGCUCAAAUUUCAGUCUAAAACUGAAAUGGCUAUUUAUGCAAUCAGAGGUAAGGAUUCGGAGUAGCUAGAAAGCUAGAGAAUGUAAGCUACCAUUAAUAUUGAGAUCAAAUCAAUUGGUCGCAUACACAGUUUAGCAGAUGUUAUAGCGGGUGCAUCGAAAUGCUUAUGUUACUAGCGCCUAACAAUUCAGUACAAUGUCAAACAAGUACACAAAUAAUUAAAAUGUACAUGCUGUUUCUCUCUCAGGCUGAUACAGCGAGACUCAUCCAUGCUUUUAUUACAAGCAGGUUUGGACUACUGUAAUGCUCCUCUGACCAGACGAAGAGCACACAUUACACCGGUUUUAAAUUCUCUGCACUGGCUGCCUGUGAGUUUUAGAAUAAAUACUAAGAUUAUUCUAUUGGUUCUUAAAUCAAUUCAUGAUUGUGCACCCCAAAUUCAUGUCAGACAUGCUUUUUAGUUAUGUACCCAGUAGGUCCCUCAGGUCCUCUGGUGCUGGCCUUUUAACUGUCCCAAAGCUUAGGACCAAGACUAUGCCCCCAGCCUCUGGAAUAGCCUGCCAGAGCAACCCAAAUAGCACUGUAACAGUAAUCCAAAUGUAAUCUAUAUGUAUAUACACCGGAACAAUUUACACAAGAUGUACUAAGAAUGAUAUGUACAACUGUAGAUAUAUUAGUGAGCUAUGUCAAUAAUCCAGGAUUUUAAUAAAUAUGCUGUGUGUAUAAACAGAGUAACUAAAUACAAAGUACAGUAGUAUAAUUAUUAGAAUGAGCUAUGUCAGGAAUACAGUAUUUAAAUACUCAGUGUGAAAUGGGAAGUGUCCAGUGGUUCAAUGUCUAUGACAUGGGACAGCAGCGUUGGGUGUGUGUGAGAGUUUGCUGUGUCAGUUUGUGUGAAUUUAACUGCUUCCAUUCAAACGUGAUGGUUGUUUUUAACUCAUACCACAGAGCACUUUGAAGUUAUUAGUUAGUUGAUGUGCUUUCCUAUUCUGUGUUGAAUGGUUUGGUGUAUGGUAGUGUUGGGAAAUGUUCAGACUUGAGACAGGUGUGUGAGCUCUCGGCCUAUCAAUGCCUACCAGGUAGAAAAGAUAACCUGGAAAACUUUGACCCUCUGUGGUUAUUGAAUAGCCCUGCUCUAUGGUACCUAAGGAAGUAUUAGGAGCUUCAUAUCUGGGGAUGCUCUUAAAGCUCUUGGAUGUGGUGGAGACUGAAGGAAACCAUCUCUAGGUCCAGGACAGGUUGCCUGGCAGCGGUAACCAGGGCCGACAGAGAGAGGUGGUGUUGACGAAUGGCAGGCCGGCGGUGGAGUCAUCCCUUCUAGCUCUCUGCAUCCCGACACCUCGUUACUCCUCAUCCCUCUCUCCAUCCCUCCCGCUCCAUCCAACUGUCCGUCCGCCCCGACACUUUCUUGCCUGCUGGCCUGCCAAACACUGCCUAACUAGCUGGCCAAAGCCCCAACCCAGGAAAAUAUGAUGAACUUAACACUCUGUUAACGUUUAUUAUUGUUACACUGAGCUUGUGAUGGCAAGGAGGUAUACAAGGUGAUAAUUUUAUCCUGUGGUUGUUUGGUUAGUUUAAUGGGAUACCUGGCAGAGGUCUGAUAUCAUCUGGUUUCUUUCUUCCUUCGCCUGUGUUCAAAGGCAUUUUUAUUACGCUAAUUUUGUUUACUUAACCGAUGUUGCAGGUGAAUUGGUUCCACUUUGUGAAGGCAAACCCUCACACUAUUUUCUCGCAAAUUUAAGAGGUAUAAUUGUGCUAAGAAAACUUUCUGUCGUUGGUAUAUGGAGCUGAAUUGUCUUUUCUCUCUCUGUAGGAGACCGAUGCGCUGGCCCACCUGUCAGACCCUCACUUUAGCCCGUACCAAGGCCACAACGCCUUCAGGGAAAAGUACUUCAGCGGCAUCAGCAAGAGGACAUUGACAGGAAAGGAGGAGACCAACAAGAUGGCCGCCAACGGUGGGGAGUGAUGUAAGGAUCACAGGAAGGCCCAAUCCCAAAUGGACCCCUAAGCCAGUAUGCAAUUGUGGAGAGGAUUUGACAGGUGCAAUCAAUAUGGUAGUAACUCCACCUUGUUUGAUAGGCUAGGUGGAAGUUUCACCAUAUUGCAUAUGCAAAUCAAAUCCUCACAGAUCUGCACAAGUGCAUUAGGUGAAGGUUCUAGGGGUACAUUUGGGAUUGGGCCGAUACCUGCCUAUGGUUUACAAUGGACUCCAUGGGGACAUAGGGCUCCUUGUUUUAAAUGUCUCAUUUUCUAUUCAAAUAUGUUUUUUUUAUUGUUUGAUGUUUAUUGCCCUUUGUGUAAUGAGUGUGAAUUGUGAACGAAUAAACACCAUAUUCAAAGAUGUUUUAUUUAUUUAUUGGAUGCAGGAGAUCGAAGGGCUCUCAAUGUUCUACAUCUUUCUGUGUUAUUUUUAGUCUUAUCCCAGCAACCACAUUAUCAGAUUUUAUCCAAGAGGGCCCUAAGUGUCCAGAGAAAACUGGCAGCUGUAUCCAUGUACCAGAGUGCAUUUAGAUACGUUUGGCAGUAUCCCUGCAAGAUUCCAGAUGAGACAAGGGACGAACUUGUUUCACACAAGUCCAUUUCUCAAGCUUUUAUAUCCAGACAUUAUAAGAAACUAACGGUUCCUUAUUGUGAAGACACUCAGAAUAACAGUUUCUGAAGUGCUAGCCAUGGUUCGUUUGUUGUUUUGCCAUCACUGGCAGAAUCUGGGACCUGCUCAACUGUGUUCUUUUGGUGAAGGUGUUGUUUAUCUAGCUCUGAGAAGUGAUGCCAUCAUCUUGGCCACCCUGCAUGGUCCAAACCUCAGGGGUGUUGUGUGAAGUGAUGUUUGUGUGACUGAAGGAAAUAACUUUAGUGGAGGGGGUGGUGGUGGGGUGGGGGGGGCGUGCUUUUGAGGACUGUGGGUACGUCCUAUACUGUAUAGUGCUCUACUUUUGACCAGAGCCCUAUGGGCGUCUAUAUAGGAAAUAGGAUGCCAUUUGGGACGCAGCCUGUGUCAUACCAGUCUACCUUCGACAAUAUGGAUAGAGUGAGAAGCAACCUAACUGUCUGUAGUUUCUGUCAGAAAUCUAGACUCCGUCACAGCUGAAAAAGGGAGGAAUAGCUUUAGAUUAGGUUAAUUUUACCUAGCCUCAGCGAUCAGGCUGGUUCCACCAGGCUAAUUUGUCAAAUCUGAUUGACCUCUUUCAAAGGGUUAAGCAACCAUCAAAACAUGGUAAUGAAAAGUCAUGGAAUUUUUAAAUGGUGUUUUCCAGGCCUGGAAAAGUUUUUGAAAAGUCAUGGAAAUGUAUUUCAUAAUUUCUGUUAAUGUAAUUUAUUUAGGCACAGUUUUUAGAUAUUUUAUCAAUAAAAAAUAAAUAUCAGCCAGGAUCGUAAUGACACUUUAGCGCGUCUGUAUUUGCGCGUAUCACCUGCAUGUUCAAUGCAACCAAAUGUAAAUCCAAAUUAUUAUUUGUGAAUCGCGAACAGUAAUUUUAGAAAAAUAUAUUAGAUGUAGCCUUUCUUUUGGAUUAUGUGGCUUCAAAACUUGUUUUGUAGAUACUUCCAGUUGAUUUGGGCAUUCAGUGUAUGGGACAUUGCAACUCAAUAGAUGCUAGUCAGCAGGGGCAGACUGGGACCAGAAAUCGUCCCUUGCAUUGGUAACACAUCGGGCAAUUUUUUUCCAUGAGGCCCCCACACUGGCCCAUUUUUUUCCCCCUUGAGGCCCCCAUUAUUAGUCAGAUAAUGACAAUUUUUUGGAGAAAAAAACAAAAGUUAGGCAGGCCCAGUAAGCUAAAAAUGGACCAGCCCAUCUGGCAUUUCGGGCAAAUGUCGGCCCCUGCUAGUCAGCCUACAAAGUAAACACUUCUAAGGUAGUAAUAUAAAUAUGACUAAACUAGAAAAGGUACUUUCCUGAAGAAAAUUUGUGGACUUGCAUCAGCUGAAUAAAAAUAUUUGUAGCCUAUCAUAGCCAUUUGCUCUUUGAUAUAUUAAAUUAGUGAAUUAUUUCAAAAGGCUUUUAUUCCAGUCCCCCUCUAACAAACCACGUUUUAGAAAUUAGCUGCUCAACCGGAUCUUGAUAAACUGGCUCUGAUGUGUUUGAACAGGGCUUGAUCAAAUGCCUGCACACUCCAGACUGAGGGUUGACCACAUGUGUUUUAUGCAGUUGCCUAACAGGUAUUUUACUUUGUGGGGGUUAAGUGCCUUGCACAACUACAGGAGAUGGUAAAUGGGAUCAGAGAGCAGCCUCCCAGUGUCAAUACCACAUUACGCUUACUUUUUUAUACAAUAUGUACAUAGAGACACCGUUCGAGACAAGUUUGGUUAAAAGUCAUGGAAAAGUCAUGAAAUUCCUGUCAAAAUGAGUAUGAACCACAGGAGGCUGCUGAGGGGAGGACAGCUCAUAAUAGUGACCUGAACGGCGCAAAUGGAACGGCAUCAAACACAUGUAAACCAUGUGUUUGAUGUUUUUGAUACCAUUCCACCUAUUCCGCUCCAGCCAUUACCAUGAGCCCAUCCUCCCCAAUUAAGGUGCCACCAACCUCCUGGGUAUGAACCCUGUUAUUACUAUACCAUAAAUCAAUCAGGGAUCUUAUUUUGUGCAGGGGCUUGGUUGGCACCUUCCUGUAAUAAAGAUAUAAUACUAUUACCCUGUCUGUUGGUGAACUGUGACCUUUGAACUGAGAGAGAUGAAUAAACCCAUGACCUGAGAGGCUGUGCUCUCUCAGUGCUGGUGGUAAGGUGGAGGCCAAGUGUCUAGGGACUAGGGGUUGUUUCUGGACAGGGCCUGUCAGUGUGUUGGGCUGAAAUAACAUUACUCUGGAGCCCUGAGAGUGGCAUUUUGAGGGCAGCAUCAGUCCACUGACCAACCUCUAGUCCAGUAGGAAACCUGUUGUUAAUCUGUUUCCAAGGUGACAGAGGGUCAUGCUUGUUUAUUUUAUGUUUUUCAAUGAUGUGUUGAUUUGUACUAUAGCACUGUUGUCAUGCUAUGUGCCCGAGUACCUCUAAUGGUGGUAGAAUCCAUAUAAAAGGCCCAGUUGUAAAACAUUCACCUGAUACAUCAUUACAUUUUAGUGUUUACACAGCGGAAGUGCAACAGGAAGUUCACUCCAGGGAACGAGACAUUUCAUUGGUUAUGAGUAUGAUGCCUGUCAACCCAGUAAAAUACACAUUUACUAGAGCUAUGAACCCAAUGAGACUGUAUUGAAGUCAGUUGAAGUUUUAAUGAGACACUUGAAGACUUAGGAAAACUCCUCAGAUUGAAGUGUUUCUUUAUACUCGGAAAUGAAAGUAUGUAAUAAUCAGUCAGUGAACUCCUUCCCUGUGUUUUUAAAUGAGGUGUGUUGUUUAAAUAGGGUGCCCACGAACAGCCCUUUAAACUAGUAAAGAGCAAAAACAAUAACAGCAACACGUCUCCAUUUCACAGCAGGGCUAUUUUGGAUGGAAGGAGGAAGGUGAUGAGCACUUGUUUAUGUGAUAGAGAUGGUGGCAAAAAAUACAGCCCUGGUUGGUGGGAUGGUUGGUUGGUAUACCCAGACAAAAGAGGACAUGUUUAGAUGAGUGAGGCACUCUCAGUCAGCCCAGGCCCAGACCAAAUAACAGGGCGCCCCCACCUUUCUACCCCACUGCAGUUAGUCAGCAGCUUUCUGUGUUUACAUGUGGCUGGGUCAUUUUUUAUCUCCAAAGCCUGCUUAGAGACCAUUUAUAUACUUUACUCCUCAACCUGUUUAUCAGCGGGGUUCAGCUGUGCCCAUAAAAUGUAUAAUUCCCCCCAAUUUCCCCAGAGGAAAAAGGGCAAAAACAUGAUCACACGAUCGUUGUUUGCAUCGUUUGUGGUGCAUAUCAUUUAGAUUUCCCAACAUGCCUUGGCCCAUCAGGGGAAACUCUACCCUACCACACGACACACAGACCUUCCAUCUUCCCUCUAUCCCACCAACCUCCUCCUCACCCCUUCAUCACGUGUAAACAAACAAUUCCUAUGAAGAAACAGAAGAGCUCUUCUGGCUUGUUAUUUUUACUGGUCUCUCCAUGGAGUGUUGCCACCAUGUAGUGAGAAAAAGUUUACUCAGAAACUUCCAGUGUGUGGCUGGAGACUAUAAUUAGGAGGGGGUUCCUUCUUCCUUCAGACGUGUAGUGUACACACACACUCUCGCUCUCACUCUCACUCUCUCUCUCUAAUGCUGUCCAGACACAAGUAGAUACAGGGUUGUUCCACCUCAAAAAGAACAGAAAAUAGGAUUUCAACACACACCAUAUCAGAAUCGUUUCUGUUGUUAGAAAUGGAUAAGAUUAUCGUUCCUUCAACAUUAUUUUGUUGAAAUAUAAUUUGAAAUUAAGCUAACUGAUUGCACCCAAAUUGGCCAUUUUUAUUUGUAUGGUUCAUAUAAUUUUCAAUAAAUAUAGUACCUAACAUCCGAUUUGGACCAGACUUUUUUCUAACAAUGAGUUAGACAUGAGGAAUCCAAAGAAAUGGUCAAAUGCCACCCACGGACCCCCCACAACCCACGCCAUCCCACCCCAACAACGGGUACAGUGGGGAGAACAAGUAUUUGAUACACUGCCGAUUUUGCAGGUUUUCCUACUUACAAAGCAUGUAGAGGUCUGUAAUUUUUAUCAUAGGUACACUUCAACUGUGAGAGACGGAAUCUAAAACAACAAUCCAGAAAAUCACAUUGUAUGAUUUUUAAGUAAUUAAUUUGCAUUUUAUUGCAUGACAUAAGUAUUUGAUACAUCAGAAAAGCAGAACUUAAUAUUUGGUACAGAAACCUUUGUUUGCAAUUAUAGAGAUCAUACGUUUCCUGUAGGUCUUGACCAGGUUUGCACACACUGCAGCAGGGAUUUUGGCCCACUCCUCCAUACAGACCUUCUCCAGAUCCUUCAGGUUUCGGGGCUGUCGCUGGGCAAUACGGACUUUCAGCUCCCUCCAAAGAUUUUCUAUUGGGUUCAGGUCUGGAGACUGGCUAGGCCACUCCAGGUCCUUGAGAUGCUUCUUACGGAGCCACUCCUUAGUUGCCCUGGCUGUGUGUUUCGGGUCGUUGUCAUGCUGGAAGACCCAGUCACGACCCAUCUUCAAUGCUCUUACUGAGGGUAGGAGGUUGUUGGCCAAGAUCUCGCGAUACAUGGCCCCAUCCAUCCUCCCCUCAAUACGGUGCAGUCGUCCUGUCCCCUUUGCAGAAAAGCAUCCCCAAAGAAUGAUGUUUCCACCUCCAUGCUUCACGGUUGGGAUGGUGUUCUUGGGGUUGUACUCAUCCUUCUUCUUCCUCCAAACACGACACCAGGUCCUGGCGUGUAGUUCUGGGCUGAUCCCUCACCUUCCUCAUGAUCAUUGAUGCCCCACGAGGUGAGAUCUUGCAUGGAGCCCCAGACCGAAGGUGAUUGACCGUCAUCUUGAACUUCUUCCAUUUUCUAAUAAUUGCGCCAACAGUUGUUGCCUUCUCACCAAGCUGCUUGCCUAUUGUCCUGUAGCCCAUCCGCCCAUCCCAGCCUUGUGCAGGUCUACAAUUUUAUCACUGAUGUCCUUACACAGCUCUCUGGUCUUGGCCAUUGUGGAGAGGUUGGAGUCUGUUUGAUUGAGUGUGUGGACAGGUGUCUUUUAUACAGGUAACGAGUUCAAACAGGUGCAGUUAAUACAGGUAAUGAGUGGAGAACAGGAGGGCUUCUUAAACAAAAACUAACAGGUCUGUGAGAGCCGGAAUUCUUACUGGUUGGUAGGUGAUCAAAUACUUAUGUCAUGCAAUAAAAUGCAGGACCUGGUCAAUGACCUGAAGAGAGCUGGGACCACAGUCUCAAAGAAAACCAUUAGUAACACACUAUGCCGUCAUGGAUUAAAAUCCUGCAGCGCACGCAAGGUCCCCCUGCUCAAGCCAGCGCAUGUCCAGGCCCGUCUGAAGUUUGCCAAUGACCAUCUGGAUGAUCCAGAGGAGGAAUGGGAGAAGGUCAUGUGGUCUGAUGAGACAAAAAUAGAGCUUUUUCGUCUAAACUCCCCUCGCCGUGUUUGGAGGAAGAAGAAGGAUGAGUACAACCCCAAGAACACCAUCCCAACCGUGAAGCAUGGAGGUGGAAACAUCAUUCUUUGGGGAUGCUUUUCUGCAAAGGGGACAGGACGACUGCACCGUAUUGAGGGGAGGAUGGAUGGGGCCAUGUAUCGCGAGAUCUUGGCCAACAACCUCCUACCCUCAGUAAGAGCAUUGAAGAUGGGUCGUGGCUGGGUUUUCUAGCAUGACAACGACCCGAAACACACAGCCAGGGCAACUAAGGAGUGGCUCCGUAAGAAGCAUCUCAAGGACCUGGAGUGGCCUAGCCAGUCUCCAGACCUGAACCCAAUAGAAAAUCUUUGGAGGGAGCUGAAAGUCCGUAUUGCCCAGCGACAGCCCCGAAACCUGAAGGAUCUGGAGUAGGUCUGUAUGGAGGAGUGGGCCAAAAUCCCUGCUGCAGUGUGUGCAAACCUGGUCAAGACCUACAGGAAACGUAUGAUCUCUAUAAUUGCAAACAAAGGUUUCUGUACCAAAUAUUAAGUUCUGCUUUUCUGAUGUAUCAAAUACUUAUGUCAUGCAAUAAAAUGCAAAUUAAUUACUUAAAAAUCAUACAAUGUGAUUUUCUGGAUUGUUGUUUUAGAUUCCGUCUCUCACAGUUGAAGUGUACCUAUGGUAAAAAUUACAGACCUCUACAUGCUUUGUAAGUAGGAAAACCUGCAAAAUCGGCAGUGUAUCAAAUACUUGUUCUCCCCACUGUAUAUACAGUUGAAGUCGGAAGUUUACAUACACCUUAACCAAAUACAUUUAAGCUCAGUUUUUCACAAUUCCUAACAUUUAAUCCUAGUACAAAUUCCCUGUCUUAGGUCAGUUAGGAUCACCACUUUAUUUUAAGAUUGUGAUAUGUUAGAAUAAUAGUAGAGAGAAUGAUUUAUUUCAGCUUUUAUUUCUUUCAUCACAUUCCCAGUGGGUCAGAAGUUUACAUACACUCAAUUAGUAUUUGGUAGCAUUGCCUUUAAAUUGUUCCCACAAUAAGUUGGGUGAAUUUUGGCCCAUUCCUCCUGACAGAGCUGGUUUAACUGAGUCAGGUUUGUAGGCCUCCUUGCUCGCACAUGCUUUUUCAGUUCUGCCCACACAUUUUCUAUAGGAUUGAGGUCAGGGCUUUGUGAUGGCCACUCCAAUACCUUGACUUUGUUGUCCUUAAGCCAUUUUGCCACAACUUUGGAAGUAUGCUUGGGGUCAUUGUCCAUUUGGAAGACCAUUUGCGACCAAGCUUUAACUUCCUGACUGAUGUCUUGAGAUGUUGCUUCAAUAUAUCCACAUAAUUUUCCUUCCUCAUGAUGCCAUCUAUUUUGUGAAGUGCACCAGUCCCUCCUGCAGCAAAGUACCCCCACAGCAUGAGGCUGCUACCCCCUUGCUUCACGGUAGGGAUGGUGUUCUUCGGCUUGCAAGCAACCCCCUUUUUCCUCCAAACAUAACGAUGGACAUUAUGGCCAAACAGUUCUAUUUUUGUUUCAUCAGACCAGAGGACAUUUCUCCAAAAAGUACGAUCUUUGUCCCCAUGUGCAGUUGCAAACCGUAGUCUGGCUUUUUUAUGGCAGUUUUGGAGCAGUGGCUUCUUCCUUGCUGAGCGGCCUUUCAGGUUAUGUCGAUAUAGGACUCGUUUUACUGUGGAUAUACUUUUGUACCUGUUUCCUCCAGCAUCUUCACAAGGUACUUUGCUGUUGUUCUGGGAUUCAUUUGCACUUUUAGCACCAAAGUACGUACAUCUCUAGGAGACAGAACGCGUCUCCUUCCUGAGUUGUAUGACGGCUGCGUGGUCCCAUGGUGUUUAUACUUGGAACUAUUGUUUGUACAGAUGAAUGUGGUACCUCAAGGCAUUUGGAAAUUGCUCCCAAGGAUGAACCAGACUUGUGGAGGUCUACCAUUUUUUUCUGAGGUCUUGGCUGAUUUAUUUAGAUUUUCCCAUGAUGUCAAGCAAAGAGGCACUGCGUUUGAAGGUAGGCCUUGAAAUACAUCCACAGGUACACCUCCAAUUGACUCAAAUGAUGUCAAUUAGCCUAUCAGAAGCUUCUAAAGCCAUGACAUAAUUUUCAGGAAUUUUCCAAGCUGUUUAAAGGCACAGUCAACUUAAUGUAUGUAAACAUCUGACCCACUGGAAUUGUGAUACAGUGAAUUAUAAGUGAAAUAAUCUGUCUGUAAACAAUUGUUGGAAAAAUUACUUGUGUCAUGCACAAAGUAGAUGUCCUAACCGACUUGCCAAAACUAUAGUUUGUUAACAAGAAACUUGUGGAGUGGUUGAAAAACUAGUUUUAAUGACUCCAACCUAAGUGUAUGUAAACUUCCGACUUCAACUGUACUAUCAGUUCUCUUUGUUUGACAAGUAGUUUGGCGCUGCAACACGGAGUAUUGUUUCUUCAUCCUAUGUAAUGUAUUUUUGUAUUUGUAUAUAUUAAAGAUCCCCAUUUUCACGGAAUUUGGUGAUUUUUUUUCCCCUGUUCAGAGAGAUUAGUAAUUGACAUUGUUGGGUUUAUGUUCCAUUCUACAUCCUGAUAUUGCCAGGUUUUGACCACUAGAUGGUGCUGUUUCUGCUAUUAGGUGAUUAUGUUUUAAAGAGCACGAAGAUGCUAAUAUAGGUACCAUUGACUUGCAUUGAAUUUGUGCCACAAAUGCUAAUAAGAUUGCAUUUGAAACAGUGGCCAGGUAAACAAAAACAAAGUUUCUGUCAUACCUGAUCCAUAGACUGCUAACAGGUUAAGAAAACCAAAAUGCAAUACUCUGACCUGCAGCUCCAUAAUACUUGUAAUUAUUGAAUAUUAUAUGAAUCCUAUAAAUAAAAAUUGCCAAUUUGGGUGCAAUCAAUUAGCUUAAUUUCUCAGAGAUCAAAUUAUAUUUCAACAAAAUAAUGUUUCUGGAAUGCUUAACUUGUGUUUCUAACUACAGAAACUAUUGUGCGUGUCAUGUCUUGCUGAAAUGACAUGGAACGACCCUACAGUGGAUUUAGACCAGAAGGGAAUUUUGUGUCUUCACUCUUCUUGCAUACAGUCAUAUAAUUGUUGUGCACAUUGUUUAUUGUUAAUAGAUGAUUGUGUUGGUUGUGGUGAUUCAAUAUCUGUACUGUCUGCCACUGAGUCCUUUAAAAUGUGAUAAUUUGCAGGAUACUGAGGGAUUGUCUAUCUAACCUUAUGGAGAUAUUGUUGGAGUGGCAGACAACACUUAAAGGUCAAAGGUACUACCAUUAAAAGUCACAUAAGCUGCUACCCUGUGAGACCAGAAUGUCUAGCUUCCAUGCCAUCAAAUCAGUCAUGGCAUCUCCUCUGCAUCCCUAGUUCCUGGAGAUCUGACUGCUAGCCUGGGGAGGGGAUGGGAGCUAGCCGCCCUACCAGGCCCGCUGUUCCAGAACACUGCUUACUCCUGAUUACUUUCUCCAGCGUGUGAAAGUGCCCUCCAAACUGCUGAGUCAGGCUAGGUAACCAGACCGUGAUUAGCAUCAUUAGCCAGCAGGCGAGAGAAGUAGGAGGAGGUAGAGAAGUAGGAGGAGGAGUGUCAUCACCCCCCCCCCCCCCCAGAGAUUUAGGGUCCAGGUCCAGGGAGAAGAAGACAUUCAUCAUGGUGAUGUCUCUAGCCUGGUCAGAUAGAUUGUCCCACAUCUGUUUGUUGUUGACUGAUGACAUGUGUUGGGGGAGAGAGAGAGGUGUUGGGUUGGCUGUAACACAAGGCAUCGAACACUCACAAACACACAUACAAUGACACUAUAUUUUUGGCCAGUGAAUGUAUUUUCAUUGCGCAUGUUGGAAUGGGUUUGAUUGAGCAUAUGUGGUGCAGGUGUAGUGCACCUGUCCCAAGCCAGAAGAGUUAGCAGCACACACACCUCUACCUUCUGCCCCCAGGUCACCCCAAUGCCCCCUCCACCCCACCUCGACCUGGCCCCCCCUUCCUCUACCCUCCUCUGGCAGUCAGCUGUGGAGCCAUAA